AGGGAAUCUACAAUUCUGGCGGUGGCGAAGAAGGUUGUGGCGGCAGCAUGAAGCGGACCCCGAGUGCUGAGGAGCGAGAGCGCGAAGCUAAGAAGCUGAGGCUCCUUGAGGAGCUUGAAGACACUUGGCUUCCUUACCUGACCCCCAAAGAUGAUGAAUUCUACCAGCAGUGGCAGCUGAAGUACCCGAAACUGAUCCUCCGCGAAGCGGGCGGCGUCCCUGAGGGGCUGCACCGGGAGGUGCGGGAGGCCUUCGCAGCGCUCCGCAAGCACGGCUGCCUGUUCCGGGACCUGGUGCGCAUCCAAGGCAAAGACCUGCUCACCCCGGUCUCGCGCAUCCUCGUCGGCGACCCCGGCUGCACCUACAAGUACCUGAACACCCGGCUCUUCACGGUGCCCUGGCCAGUGAAGGGCUCCAGCGUCAAAUACCACGAGGCGGAGAUCGCCGCUGCUUGUCAGGCCCUCCUCAGGCUCAACCGCUACCUGCAGGCCGAGACCAUCCAGGCGUGGGAGGAGCUCGUGGCCCGAGAAAGGGCCAACAUCGACGACGUGCCCGUGUGCAUUGGCCCCGACUUCCCCGGGGUGGGUAUGGGGGCUUUCGACGGACCCGAUGAGGUGGACAUUAGGAGCAGAGCUGCGUACAACGUGACCUUGCUGAAUUUCAUGGAUCCCCGGAAAAUGCCGUACCUGAAAGAGGAGCCUUACUUUGGCAUGGGCAAGAUGGCAGUGAGCUGGCACCACGACGAAAACCUGGUGGACAGGUCGGCGGUGGCCGUGUACAGUCACAGCUGUGAAGACCCCGACGAGGAGAGUGAGGAUGACCCUCCACUCGAAGGCAGAGAUCCCGAUGUUUGGCACGUUGGUUUCAAGAUCUCCUGGGACAUAGAGACACCUGGCUUGGCGAUACCCCUUCACCAGGGAGACUGCUACUUCAUGCUUGAUGAUCUCAAUGCCACCCACCAACACUGUGUUUUGGCUGGUUUACCACCUCGGUUCAGUUCCACCCACCGUGUGGCAGAGUGCUCGACGGGGACCUUGGAUUAUAUCUUACAGCGCUGCCAGUUGGCUCUGCAGAACAUCCGUGAGGAGGCAGACAGCGGUGAAGUCUCUCUGAAGUCCUUGGAGCCUGCAGUUUUGAAACAAGGAGAAGAAAUCCACAACGAGGUGGAGUUCGAGUGGCUGAGACAGUUCUGGUUCCAAGGCACUCGCUACAGGAAGUGCACCGACUGGUGGCGCGAGCCCAUGGCGCAGCUGGAGGACAUGUGGCGCCGGAUGGAAGGCGUGGCAAAUGGGGUGCUUCAUGAGGUUCGAAGAGAGGCGGUGCCCGUGGGACAAAGGAAUGGAAUCGUGACCGCCAUCCUGGCCUCGCUCACCGAUCGCCAGAACCUGCGGAGGGAGUGGCACGCCAGAUGCCAGUCCCGAGUUGCUCGAACUCUACCCGAGGACCAGAAGCCAGAGUGCCGGCCGUACUGGGAGAAGGGCGACCCCGCGAUGCCGCUGCCCUUCGACCUCUCAGACGUCGUGGCGGAGCUCAGAGGUCUGCUUCUGGAGGCAAAGCCCUAGAAGGAGCGCACGUCCCAGGGGAGGAGGGAGAGAUUUGGGGUUCUCUCCUCCCUCCCCGUCGAGGGCUUCGGCAAGGGCAGUCUGGGGAGACGCGGCCUUGAGACUGCAGGGCCCGGGUCCCAGUUAGGAACAGCUAGGGAACGGAGCCCGUGGAUGUGACAGUGUUGGAAACAGCACAGUGUGGUCAUCUGAUCUGAUGUUAAACAGCCUCCCCCCCCAAUAUUCCCCACUUGCAUUUUUAAUGUGAGCCAUUCAGCUCCCAAGGCCAAGGGAGGUGACAAGGGCGAACCCCGCCUGUGACAAAGCUGAACCUACUUCCUUCUUAAGCCUUUACAGAGACUCAAGGGCAGGUGGCUCUACAACGACCUGGGGGACACAGAACUGAGGGAUGUCCGUCCCAGUUUCUCACCGCACUGCUUCGAGGCUGUGGUGUCCAGUACGGCAGCCGCUAGCUGUGUGUGGCUCCUUAAAUUUUAAUUUGACUUUAAUUGCAGUGAAAACUUCAGCUCCUUGGUUGCACGAGCCACACUUCAGGUGCUGAGUAGCCACGUGUGGCUGCGACCGCUGCCCUGGACAGCCCACAGAGCAUCUUCGUCGGCGGGGAAGGCCCUAGUGGACGACCCCUCCAGACAGAGCUUGGGAGCAGGGCGUGGUCUCCACUUCUCUGUAGCUGCCGUCCUCUCGGGCGCAAUAAAUGAAAGAAACAACUCAUUGGAGAGUAGCCCCUCUCCCUCCUCUGGAAAGACCUAAGGAAAAGCCCGAGGUACGGUCCUGUACUCUGCACACAGGAAUGGAGAGGUGUUGGAAUUAAAAUGAAGUUGACACCCUCCCAUUAGCAAGUUGUCCUGAUCUAAUGAAAGAGACACAGCCCCAUUUACACUGCCUCAUGGAUUUAGCCGGGGUAGCAGGGUUUUUCCCUAUCAUUCCCUCGCUUGCAGGUAAUGACAGGUAAAGUGGAUGACAUCAGAGCAUUAGAGAGGCGACGUAGAGCAGAGGGUGAAACCUGGGCCCCAGUCACAACUCCCACCAGCUUUGUGACCUUUGGCACGUCACUGUGCCUCAGUUUCCUCAUCUGUGUAGUGGGGAUACUUCACCAACUCCCAAGGUGAAGAUUCAGUGAAAUUAUUUAGCUACAGACUUAUUUGAACAAUUUCUGACAUGUAAUUAAAUAUCCAAUAAAAAUAUUAGAAUGAUUCCCUAUCAGUAAGCUGACCCUAUGGAGACAUUUUCCCCUCCCUUCCUCAGUCCUUGUACCAGUUUUGUCUUGUGAGGCCAGCCCAUGUCUCCUGCCCUUUGGUGACCCCUAGAAAUCAUGAGAAAGUUCUCCCUUCUCCCAGCCCGUGGCCUUCUCUGUAACUCUGCAGUAGUUGGAAGGUGAAGAGCAUUUCUGCCCGUUAGAGGCUCCCUGAGGACCAGCUUCUCCUGCCGUGAGAGCCUCUCUGGCUCAAGGUGUGCAUCGCUCACGGGGCUCACGACCACAGGAAGAUCCCGGUAGGCACAGCAGCCAGGAGACUGGGUGUCUCCGACCUUGGGCGAGUUCCCUGAUGCCCUUGAGCCUCGAUGUCCUUGUCAGUAGAGGAGAGGAAGCCCUUUCUCGCAGGGUUUGUGGGUUAAGUGGAGGUGCAUGGGUGAGGAGUGCCUGGCACAGAGAAGUCAUAGACCGGGCACCCUCGGGCCAUCUUGCCUGAGGCUUCAUUUAGCCCCCCUGUGUUGUUCUUUGUUAUAUUUCACAAGGGCCAAUAUUUGAAAAAUUGGGAGAUUUCAUGUAAAAUAAAAACAUGUGCUGUCUCGAGGGUUUGGAAGAUCUGGCAGCCCUGGGCGUGGCCAUGAGCUGAUUGUCUCCUUGCUCUCAGAUGGGUGGGAGCCCUCCAGGCCCCCCACCCCGACUCGCUCCCCCUUCACGUCAGCGCUCCCAGACCUGCCUGCUCGCACCCCUGUAGUAGAAAUAAAUGUUCAGUGCUCACCCAAUGUCCGUGUGUUACUGUCACCCUACUGCCGUGGACUGUUUGUGUUAAUAUGUUGUGUACGUCGGAAGACACUCAUAAACAAUAAAAAUGUUUGGGGGAUGAGA